AUGGUCCAAAUAAAAUAUAUGCUUCUGAUCUCGAGACAGGGAAAAAUACGAUUGAUGCGAUGGUUCGAUGCUUUCACCGCUACCGAAAAAAACAAGAUAUGCCGAGAACUCAGUACGACGGUUCUAGCUCGUAAGCUAAAGAUGUGCAAUAUUGUGGAGUACCAGGAUCACAAAGUCGUUUACAGAAGGUAUGCAAGCCUUUAUUUCGUGUGUGGCAUCAGUCCUGAAGCUAGCAACGAGCUCCUGACGUUGGAGAUCAUUCAUCGCUACGUGGAGGCGAUGGACAGCUAUUUUGACAAUGUUUGCGAACUGGAUAUUAUUUUCAAUUUCACAAAGGCUUAUGAUAUACUGAACGAAGUUUUGAUAUGCGAUGGAUCCAUGACUGAAACUAGUAAAACUAGCAUACUCAAAACCGUUGCAUCUAUGGACGCUCUAGAAACCAGCGAUAAUCUGGAUCAAGUCUUAAGUUGA